AUGGCAUCCACAGACGCCGAGAGCAACAAGUCAACCGAAGCAGCGCCUUCUUUGCAGCGCAAUGGCUUCAAAAUGAAGUUGAAACCAGGUUGUGCCGAAGAAUACAAGAAGCGUCACGAUGAGAUCUGGCCCGAGUUAUCCAAGUUACUCAAAGAUACGGGAACCUCCGACUAUUCCAUCUUCUUGGACGAAGAAACCAAUACAUUGUUUGCCUCACAAAAGAUUGCCGAAGGGGCGCAGGGUUCGCAGGAUUUGGGCUCCAAUCCGUUGGUUCAAAAAUGGUGGGCCUACAUGUCAGAUAUCAUGGAAACAAACGAAGACAAGUCGCCCGUGUGUAUCCCGUUGAAAGAGGUAUUCUACAUGGCCUAG